UGUCAUGACUACGUCUUUAUUUCACAAAAUGGCGGGGAACAAGACGUGAAUUUCGUUGGCUGCGAAGUUUUAUCAACAAAACACAUUCAUUGGUGUUUAUAACACAUAACUGAAGCUGAAAAUGGGAAAGAAGAAGACAAAGGAACCCGAAGCUCCACCAAAAGAUGAGUUUGAUCCACUUGAGCUGGUGAGCAAGAAACCACACACUGUUGUGUUGAUGUUGGAUUCUCCUGAAGAGAACAUCCAGCAGUUGGCGUGUGAAGCUCUUUACAAGUUUUCAGAGAAAUGUGAUGAAAACAGGCAGCUUUUGUUGACACUUGGAGCUGUUCCUUCACUGUUACAUCUGAUUGGAUCAGAAGACAAAGUUGUCAAGCGGAAUGCUACCAUGUGUCUUGGGACACUCUCACAGAACUUGUCUGUGCGACGGGAACUGCGUAAAUCAUCCUGUAUCCAGCCUUUAGUUGCUCUGCUUGGGCCUGAUGAGGACGUGCUGUGCCAUGAAUUUGCCAGCUUGGCUCUUGCAUCAAUGUCUGCUGAUUUUACCAGCAAAGUAGAAAUAUUUGAGCAAGGAGGUCUUGAACCUCUGAUCAAGUUGCUGUCUUCUCCAGAUUGUGAUGUUCAGAAAAAUGCAGUUGAGUCAAUUUGCCUUCUUGUGCAAGACUACCAUAGCAGAUCCGCCAUUACAGAGCUGAAUGGUUUGCAACCUUUGUUAGCCUUGCUUGGUUCUGAAUACAGCAUCAUUCAACAGUUGGCCCUGGAAAGUCUUUCGCAGAUCACGCUUGAUGCUGACAACAGGAAUGCACUUCGUGAUUUGGAAGGCCUUGAAAAACUAGUUGAUUUUAUUGGAAACAAGGAGUUUGAAGAUCUUCAUGUGCCUGCCCUCCAGGUGUUGUCAAACUGUCUUCAAGAUGUUGAGAGCAUGCAGCUGAUUCAGACAUCAGGAGGUCUGCAGAAGCUGCUGGCAUUUGUGGCAGAAUCCCAAAUACCUGAUGUGCAACAGCAUGCGGCCAAAGCUAUAUCACUUGCCGCCAAGAAUGGUGAUAACCGCAAGAUUUUGCAUGAACAGGAAUGUGAAAAGACCAUCAUCUCUCUUCUAUCGUCAGAUGUCCCUGGAGUACAAUCCAGUCUUGCAUUAGCACUGGCAGUCAUGUCAGAGAAUCUGAGCAGUCGUGACAUGAUUGGAAAGCUAGAGGGAAUACCACCAAUCAUUGCACUUCUAAGUAAUGAGAACCCUGAAGUUCGAGAAUCAGCAUCACUGGCAGUGGCUAACAUCACCACAGCAAACCCAACAAAUUGCAAUGAGAUGGUUGAGAAGGGUGGGAUUGAGCCGAUCAUCAUGAUGUUGAUGGACACAAAGCCUCUGGUGCAAGCCAAUGCUGCAGUCUGCCUUACCAAUCUUGCAGCAGAUGAGUCUUGGCGAUCAGAAGUACAGCAACAUGGCGUAGUACCAGCUCUGGUACAGGCUCUCAAGUCCAAUUCUACUAUUGUGCAGAGCAAGGUAGCCAUGGCCGUUGCGGCAUAUGUUUGCGACGCAGAGUCAAGAAGUGAAUUCCGAACUGAGGGAGGGCUGCCUCGCCUAGUCGAGCUACUGCAGUCCAACAACGAUGAGGUCCGCCGGAGUGCAUCAUGGGCCGUGUUACAAUGUGGCAACGACUCGGCGACAGCAGCUGAAAUUUGCAAGCUUGGUGGUCUCGAUGUUUUAUUCGAGAUCUCUCAGUCCGCAACUCGUCAGUCAAGCUUCACGCAAGUGGCCAUGGAGUGCUUGCUGGAUAGUAAUCUUCCCGCCAAAUAUGCGACCACAGGGAGCCUGAGCGCCAACAAUAUCAUACAAGAUGGCUUCUAUGACAUCGGGCCGAUGAGGCAAGGAGAGAAAAUCAUGCCUCUUGAAGACUUAUCGAAGCAACCUGUGAAUGAACACCGACCCAUUCUGCUUGUCAAUGCCAAGAACCCCGACAGAAAGACACCUUCUCCGACUCAAGUCAUCAAAGAACCCGAGAAGAGUCCCGAGAAGACCAUUGGCAAAUCGAGCAAAGCAAACCUCAAGAGCAAGAGCCGAAUGAUGCGUGAACGAGAAGAGAUGAAGGCGAAGGAAGCAGAGGCUGCAGCCGAAUCUCAGCCUCCUCAAGAGGACGCUUCCCCCUCAUGGGAGCCCCCCAUCGACCCCAUCCUGAUCGGGUAUAUCGAGGAGGUGCGGGACACUAUACAGCCUCUGGUCAGCACACGUGACCAGGUGACGGCACUAGCCAGGUUUGUGAGUGACCAAAUGGGAGGAGCUGUUCAGCGUGACGCCCUGACGUCAUUUAGUUAUGAGCUGCCUAUCAGCCAACUAAAAACAGAGCUGCAAUCCAACAUUAUCCCCAUCGGAAAAAUCAAGACCGGUCUGUACUACCACCGCGCUUUGCUAUUCAAGGCUUUGGCCGACCAAAUCGCGGUCAGCUGUUCUCUGGUUCGAGGCGAGUACAACAGAGCGUGGAACGAGGUCAUGUUAUGCAACAACGCACAGGACGGUCAACCCCAGUUUCCACCCCAGCCCUACAUAGUGGACUUGAUGCAUGAACCAGGCAGACUUAUGAGAUCGAACUCAUCCGAAGCCUCUGCGUACCAGCGCUUGUAGACUCCAUGGCGGGGUACUGGCAGGCCACUGUGGGGCAGGGUCCAGCCACGGGUCUGCAACUCAGCUUUAUAUAGCAAAAUGUAGAUGAGAUUUUGUAGGUGAGCUAGUUGUGUGGAUGUCUGUUCCAGUACAGCCUGGACGCAUUGAAACCUUGCAUGAAAUCACUUGUAUUCUCAGAAUUGCAAGAAACUGCCCAUGAUUUAUAUUUUGUACAAAGAAUAAAAUACUUAGUUGACCAAAAA